GUGGUCGAGCAGCCAGCCAAUGGGUGGAGUGAAGCAGAAGGAUCGUGCGCUGCGAUUGGCGGCGCCGGGACAGCCCGGAAGCCUGCAGGGUUGUUGCUAGGUAGGGUAAAAUGGCGGCUUUGGACAGGGUCAAGGUUCUGGUGUUGGGCGACUCCGGUGUCGGAAAGUCUUCACUUGUUCACCUCUUGUGCCAUAACCAGGUGUUGGGAAACCCGUCGUGGACAGUGGGCUGCUCGGUGGAUGUUCGAAUCCAUGACUACAAAGAAGGGACUCCAGAAGAGAAGACCUACUACAUUGAGCUGUGGGAUGUCGGAGGUUCAGUGGGUAGUGCCACUAGUGUGAAAAGCACACGAGCAGUAUUUUAUAACUUGCUGAAUGGGAUAAUUUUAGUGCAUGACUUAACUAACAAGAAAUCAUCCCAGAAUUUGUAUCGCUGGUCUUUGGAAGCACUCAACAGAGAUGUCGCUCCAACAGGAGUUCUUGUGACAAAUGGUGACUAUGACCGUGAACAGUUUGCUGAUAACCAGAUUCCACUGCUGGUAAUAGGAACUAAGCUGGAUCAGAUCCCAGAAACAAAGCGCAAUGAAGUUUUGACCAGAACAGCUUUCCUGGCUGAGGAUUUCAAUGCUGAAGAGAUAAAUUUGGAUUGCACCAAUCCUCGUUACCUGGCUGCAGGUUCAUCCAAUGCUGUCAAGCUAAGUAGGUUUUUUGAUAAGGUCAUAGAGAAGCGAUACUUCUUAAGAGAUGGCAAUCAGAUUCCUGGCUUCUCUGAAAGGAAAAGGUUUGGAGGAGGAACACUGAAGAGCCUUCAUUAUGAUUGAGCACUGAAGAAGUGGAAGAUGACUCUCUGAGUUCCUAAUGACAUUCCCAAUCUGACUGGAUGCUUAAAGACAGUAAUGCUUAUGUCAAGCAGAAUGAAAUGAUAUUAUGCUUUGGCCAGGUAAAGUGCUGAAGCUACUUUUUCUGGAAAAGACUUGGGGAAGAAUUUCCAGAAAUCUAAUCUGAAGCCUGAAGCGUUUCUUAGGAUUGCAGGCUGUCUGCUCAUAUGGGAAUAUUUUGGGAAAGUGUGCAAUAAAUUGAAUGCCUCUCACACAGCUGUGGGAGACUCCAUCAUACACAGCACAUAUAUGUGAUAUCUUUUUCUCCGUUUUGGAAAAGUUAUGGACAGUCUUUGCAAUUAAUUACAUUCAUCUUAUCUCUGAAAGAAAGAUGACACUGAGUGGGCUUCUUAUUUAUAGUAAAGUGAACAAGUGAGCAAAAUGUAAGGACGGGUAAGGAAUGGAAAAUAAUAAAUGCCUUCCUUAAAUGAAUGAUGUUGUCUCACCUGGAACACACUGUCUAGCCCUAUUCAAAGGGGAUAAAAGAAAAAAGCAAGAGAUUAAAAAGGAUUUGAAGCCUUAAGAAGAAAAUGAUGAGUAGAAAACAAGUGGUAUUAAUUCUGCUGCUUAAAUUAAAAUUGUUUACCUUGGAGAGGACAAAGUGAAUCAAGUACUCCUGUUUAUCUUUUCAUAAUUGAGUGCGGCCUUGUUCUUAAAUUAAAAGGCAAUGCAUUGAAAGCUUAUGGCAAAAGUAUGUUUUUAUACAGUGUUUAUUUGGAACAAAUGUGAAAUAGUCUUACUGAGCCUGAGAGCUUAGUGGAUUCAGGAAACAUGAAAUGCAAGAACACCCUCUGAAUUAAAAUGUGUAGAAAUUUUAAAGGGAAUUUAAAAAGUAGAAACUGAGCAUGAUUAGAAGGAAAGUUCUGUGAUAGGGAUGUUUCCUUUUCACAUUUAGUACAAAGGAUAAAAGGAGACUUGACCUGGUCUGAUCUACUGUCCAAGCUCAUGUCUUCCUAAAUAGCGCAAGCUUUGCAUGGUUUCUCACCUCAUAAUUAUAUGGCAUGGCAAAAGCCUGAUUUAUGGCAGUGUCUUCUUUCCCUUCCUUCCUCACAGUUACCUCUAAUGGUUAAGCCUCUGGCAAAGGCAAACUAAGAGCUAGAGUUAGAUAUAAAUAGAGAUCAUUAACAAAUGGGCAUAGAAAAAAGUAAAAUGCUGGUGUGAAAGUGACAGUAAGCAGAGUUUUGCGGUCUUCAGAUUACAUCUGCCUGCAGCUCUUCUCUAUCAGCUGCUUGGAAAUAGUAGAAAACUGCCUAUUGCCACUAAUCAGGCACAAAAAUGACAGCUGGGUACAUGAGUAAAACUUAUUAAAAAUAUGAAUACUUUGCUUUUCCUUAGGCCAUUUCCAGAAAGCUCUUGGAGCAUUUGCAGACAUGACUGCAAUACGUUUUUAGAGGCCUGUAUGAAAUAGGUUAUUAGUUUACAUUUACUUUACAAUUAGGGAAAAUAAGGUACUGAAAUAUUCAUAGCAGAUAACCCAUGUCUGAGCUAUGCAGCUCAUGACAGCAGCAAUGUCUCUGUCUGCUGCCUUGACGAUGAAAGGUGGAAUUAUUUUCUCAAGGUCAGGUUCUGUCUUAGGGUAACCAGAUCUUGGCUCCCUCAGGUUGCUGAGGAACUGCAGAGCAGAACAAGAAAGCUGGGCUAUUUCUUCCUUCACCCUGUAGCUUCCUUAGCAGAAUUGGAAGCGUUGCAGAGUAAGGGAGGCCAUUUAGUAUAAGAGGCUGCAUGAAGCAAUAGUUGCACAGGUCUUUGAUUCAGAAUGAGCAACUCUCCACAGUAGCCCCCUUCAAUUAAUGAAAAAAGGACCAUUGCCCAGCAUGCUGUAGGGUGGUCUAAGCCCUCAUUGCAGCUUACCUGUAUUUGUGCAUUUUGCUCCUGAGGCUCUGCAAAGAAGAAACGAAGUCUUUGUAUGAGAAAUCUUGCAAAGGUCAGUUCAUAUUCCAGGAAGAGGAGACAACACAUAGGUGCUGUGCAUCAGUGGCAAUGAAGGUGAUGCCAGUCAGGAUUUAGGACCAAAUUAGAAAAAGAUGCUGUUGUGAUAGGAGGAAGAGAGGAUAAAGGGAAUAAUACAGAGGAAAAGUAGAACAUGUGGGCAAGCAGUAGAAGGUUAGCAGACUGAGAGAGAAGUUUGCUUGAGGGUGCGGCUCCUGCCCCAGGCUCAACUAAGUCUGUCUGGUCAUGAUAUCUCCAUGAACUCUGCCCAGGAUAUUUCUGUCCACUCUUGAACUGACCUGCUGUGUGGUCUGACAACUGACUUCAUGGUCAGUCUCACUAUCCUGUCUGCAAAGUGAAGGAGGCUUCCCAGGAGACUAAGCUCUGAUGAAUCUGUUGAUCAAAUUGUUGUGCUUUCAAUACACCAGAAAUUAAAGAGUUUACUCUUGUUAA